AUGUCGCAUCUCACAGCCGCUACCGUGGUGUUGUCUGCAUUGCUCUUCGCCCCUUCAAAUGCAUCACCAGCACUGCACGCUCGCGACUGGCACUCGCAGUCGAUUGCUCCUUUCGGUUUCAGCAGCUCUACAACCGCAUCUAUACCGGCAUCGAGCUCUACGUCUACAUCUUCCGGCUGCCCCGCCGUCUGGUCAACCGUUGCGACGGACCUGAAAUCGGCCUUCACGGGCUGCAACGUCCUGGCACGAAACGCGAUUCGUUUCGCCUUCCACGAUGCUGCCGGAUACAGCAGUAAGACGCCUUACUACGCCCCAGCGACUGGUGGCGCUGAUGGAUCCUUGCUACUAAGCAGCGAUGAGAUCAAGCGUCAGAUCGAAGCGCCGUUGCAGAGAUAUCAACCCUGGUUACUAGGCAAGUACAACAAGUACCAUAGCCAGGGCGUUGGUGCCGCGGAUCUGGUGCAGUUUGCCGGCAACAUUGGCAUCAGGAGCUGCAACGGUGGGCCUAUCGUGAGGACUCUCGUAGGUCGCCAAGACACCUCCACCGCAGCCCCAGAAGGCAUGCUUCCAGAAGCCUUCGGCCAAGGUUCAGACUACGACACCCUUGUCCAGCUGUUCUUAGACAAAGGCUUCAGCGCAACAGAUCUCGCCGCGCUUAUCGGCGCACAUACCGUCUCUCAAGCCUUCGCCGAACAAGGCAAUGGUAUCCCACCCGGCGGACCCCAGGACUCAACGCCGACGCAGUGGGACACGACCUACUACAAGGAGCUGCAGAGUGAUCCGCGUGGCGUUUACCACUUCCAGAGCGAUGUGAAUCUGGGUAACCAGACCACUGCGGUUGGUAUGCAGAUGGCGAGGUUUGCGCAGGAUGAGGAAGCGUUUGAUGCGGCGUUUGCGGAUGCUAUGGGGAGGAUGAAUUUAUUGGGUAUUUCGGAGGAGGUUAGUAGUGGGUUUGCCGAUUGUACGAGUCUGGUUCAGUGA